CAAUAGGAAGCAAAGAGGCUUGAUUAAUUUCCGAGGAGGAGGAGGAGGAGGAAGAAGAGGCUGAAUCGUGGCGAGGACGCAAGAGCGAGAGAGAGAAUCGGAGCUCAAUUCCUGUUUGGAAGACGGAGAGGAUCUUCUUAUUCAGGUUCCCAAAGAGGAGGAGACCUCAGCAGAACGAGACCUCGCUUCCUGUAAGGAAGAAAGUGAAAGUCUGUUUAUCCAGGUCCCCAAAGAAGAGGAGGAGGAGACCUCAGCAGAACCAGACCUCAUUUCCUGUUGGGAAGGAGGAGAAGAUCCGGUGAUGCAGGAACCCAAAGAAGAGGAGGAGACCUCAGCAAGAUACAUCUGGGGAGUCAAGGCUGAGGGAGAACCAUCUGAAGUAUCACUGGAAAAAGCUGAGGAGCAGAUGCAGGAGCAGAAACUGAGGAGUCAAGAUGGAGCAAAGAGACAAGAGGAGCGACAGACUCACACAGGGGACAAACCUUAUCAAUGCUUGGAGUGUGGAAAGAGCUUCAGUCGGAGUAGCCACCUUACUAGGCAUCAGAGAUGUCACACAGGAGACAAACCUUAUCAAUGCUUUGAGUGUGGAAAGAGCUUCAGUCGGAGUGGCCACCUUACUAGGCAUCAGAGAUGUCACACAGGAGACAAACCUUAUACAUGCUUCGAGUGUGGCAAGAGCUUCAGUGACAGUAGUGCCUUUAGUAAACAUAAAAGAACUCACACAGGGGACAAACCUUAUGAAUGCUUCGAGUGUGGAAAGAGCUUCAGUCAGAGUAGCCACCUUAUUUUGCAUCAAAGAACUCACACAGGGGACAAACCUUAUGAAUGCUUGGAGUGUGGAAAGAGCUUCAGUGACAGUAGUGCCUUUAGUAAACAUAAAAGAACACACACAGGGAACAAACCUUAUGGAUGCUUUGAGUGUGGAAACAGCUUCAGUGACAGUAGUGUCUUUAGUAAACAUAAAAGAACUCACACAGGAGACAAACCUUAUCAAUGCUUCAAGUGUGGAAAGAGCUUCAGUGACAGUAGCCACCUUACUUCGCAUCAAAGAAUUCACACAGGGGACAAACCUUAUCAAUGCUUCGAGUGUGGAAAGUGCUUCAGUCAGAGUAGCACCCUGACUGUGCAUCAAAGAACUCACACAGGAGACAAACCUUAUAAAUGCUUGGAGUGUGGAAAGAGCUUCAGUCAGAGUAGCCACCUUAUUUUGCAUCAAAGAAUUCACACAGGGGACAAACCUUAUGAAUGCUUGGAGUGUGGAAAGAGCUUCAGUGACAGUAGUGCCUUUAGUAGUCAUAAAAGAACUCACACAGGAGACAAACCUUAUAAAUGCUUGGAGUGUGGAAAGAGCUUCAGUCAGAGUGGCCACGUUACUUCGCAUCAAAGAACUCACACAGGAGACAAACCUUAUAAAUCCUUCGAGUGUGGAAAGAGCUUCAGCCAGAGCUGCAACCUUACUGUGCAUCAAAGAACUCACUCAGGGGACAAACCUUAUAAAUGCUUGAAGUGUGGAAAGAGCUUCAGUCAGAGUUGCAACCUUACAAUAUAAAAAUAUACAAUAUAAAAACUGAAAAAUCACCGGGCCCGGAUGGCAUCCAACCGAGAGUUCUCAAAGAACUCAAAUGUGAAAUUGCUGAUCUGCUAACUAAAAUAUGUAACUUGUCCCUUGGGUCCUCCUCCGUGCCUGAGGACUGGAAAGUGGCAAAUGUAACGCCAAUCUUCAAAAAGGGAUCCAGAGGGGAUCCCGGAAAUUACAGGCCAGUUAGCUUAACUUCUGUCCCUGGAAAACUGGUAGAAAGUAUGAUUAAAGCUAGAUUAACUAAGCACAUAGAAGAACAAGCUUUGCUGAAGCAGAGCCAGCAUGGUUUCUGCAAGGGAAAGUCCUGUCUCAGUAACCUAUUAGAAUUCUUUGAGAGUGAUCCAGUGGACAUAGUGUACUUAGACUUUCAAAAAGCGUUUGACAAGGUACCUCACCAAAGACUUCUGAGGAAGCUUAGCAGUCAUGGAAUAAGAGGAGAGGUCCUCUUGUGGAUAAGAAAUUAGUUUAGAAGCAGAAAGCAGAGAGUAGGAAUAAACGGAUAGUUCUCCCAAUGGAGGGCUGUAGAAAGUGGAGUCCCUCAAGGAUCGGUAUUGGGAACUGUAAUUUUCAACUUGUUCAUUAAUGACCUAGAAUUAGGAGUGAGCAGUGAAGUGGCCAAGUUUGCUGAUGACACUAAAUUGUUCAGGGUUGUUAAAACAAAAAGGGAUUGCGAAGAGCUCCAAAAAGACCUCUCCAAACUGAGUGAAUGGGCAGAAAAAUGGCAAAUGCAAUUCAAUAUAAACAAGUGUAAAAUUAUGCAUAUUGAAGCAAAAAAUCUUAAUUUCACAUAUACGCUCAUGGGGUCUGAACUGGCGGUGACCGACCAGGAGAGAGACCUCGGGGUUGUAGUGGACAUCACGAUGAAAAUGUCGACCCAGUGUGCGGCAGCUGUGAAAAAGGCAAAUUCCAUGCUAGCGAUAAUUAGGAAAGGUAUUGAAAAUAAAACAGUCGAUAUCAUAAUGCCAUUGUAUAAAUCUAUGGUGCGGCCGCAUUUGGAAUACUGUGUACAGUUCUGGUCGCCUCAUCUCAAAAAGGAUAUUAUAGAGUUGGAAAAGGUUCAGAAGAGGGCAACCAGAAUGAUCAUGGGAUGGAGCGACUCCCUUACGAGGAAAGGUUGCAGCAUUUGGGGCUUUUUAGUUUAGAGAAAAGGCGGGUCAGAGGAGACA